AUGCACGCCCCCUCCGCACCCGCCGCCCUAGCCGCCCGCCCCCAGGGCCUGGGCCCGCGCCAGGCGGCAUCCCACUGCUGUGCGCUGCGAUCGGCGUGCGCCCCGGUGGAGGCAUCCCGGCCGAGGCGCGCGGACGGCAGGCGGACGGACGGACGGAAUGAUGACGCAUUCCUCGGCGCCGCGGUUGGAAGAGGCCUGGGGCAAGACGCGGAGAGGGGGGGAACGCAGAUCGUCGAGGCGUUGCCCGGUGAUGGAUCCAGGGGGGGCGCAUGGCAGUGGGAUGCUGGGAGUGAUUUGCCGUCCACAUCCGGGCAUUGGGUCAGUGGCGCGAUCGAUCGGCAGGGCGGGCGUUCUCCGAGGGUGGCGAGACGGGAUCUCGAGUCCGGAGUGGUCGCGAAGGCUGCGUCAGGGGGGAAUGGGGCGGGGACGGGGGCAUCGGGGGUCGUGACGACGGGGAUUGUGGAGGUGCGGCCGGAGACGGUGAAGAGCGACGGGCCCGGGCCGGGGCUGCAGUUCGGCGUUUCGGCCGCGCAGGGCCCCAGGGCGACGAUGGAGGACGAGGCGAUCGUCUUCCCCGACGGGAAGUGCGGGUUCAUGAUGGCGAUGGUCUUGGAUGGCCACGACGGGCUUCCCGCUGUCCAAUGGCUGGCGGACCACAUGUUUGACAUCUUCUCAGAUGUCAUUGACGAUGAAAUGUUCAGUGGCACCUGUUCAUUGGACCUGGUCGACGGCAAAACAGGGCUGUGCUGCCCUGUCAACAUUACGCCAGUGUUGAUGAAGAGUUUCGAAUCUGCAGAUAAGGAGCUGCUGGAGCAUCUGAAGGAGAAGUCUGGCGUCCGGGCGGCAAAGUCAGGUUCAACAGCAACCAUCGCACUUGUGAAGCGAGACCGCAUAAUUGUUGCAAAUGUGGGCGACUCCCGAGCAGUGCUUUGCAGGAAUGGGGCAGCUUUUGAUUUGACAACAGAGCACAGGGUCUGUGGGAAUGGCACGGCCGUUCAGCCAGAGAUUGAGAGGGUCAAAUCUGUUGGUGGAUGGGUCAGUGACGGUCGUGUGUGCGAUGUGCUGGCGGUGUCGAGAGCAUUUGGCGACUGGGAGUUCAAGGGGGAGGGACGCCAGCAUGGACUUGCAGAAAGUGUGGAGGAGGGUUUCAUAUCCAGAGAGUUUGCAGCCAAGGUCCAUUUCACUGGAGACCCAAUAGUGGCCACGCCUGAUGUGACAGAGCUUGCCUUGGGAGAAACUGACGAGUUUGUCAUCAUCGCAACCGAUGGAUUGUGGGAUGCCAUGCCAAGCGCAGAUGCCGUCAGAUAUGCAAGCCGUGAGAUUGAAAAGGGUAAGUCGUCCCAGCAAGUUGCCGAUGGCCUUGUGGACCUGGCACUCAAGCGUUACACCUCGGACAAUGUCGCUGCCGUUGUUAUUGAUCUGGUGGGCGCCGCAGCCCGGCGGAAAAGGAGAGCCACUGGACAAGCAGCCAAGAAGAAGGCUGGCGUGUGGGGAUUUUGA